AAGAAGCGUUUCGAAGUAGACAAAUGUUGAAAUUCAGAACGGCAAUUCAAACGAGCACAUUCUCUUAGUCCGAUACCAGUUUAGCUCAAGUCUCCUUCCGGGCUACGUCAAGAUGGUCAGAAAGAAUAUAAUGACGUGAAACCGAAGAAUCUGGUUAUUCGGGCUAUUUAUAUUCGAAAGCAUGCUUUCCGGUUUGUGGAUUCUCGCGGCGAUUUUCUUAAUUGAAGUUCACGGAUGUUUAUGCAAUGUUUUGGACGCAGCUAAUGAAGCGGUGGAUUUGAAAAGAGACAAUUUACCAACAACCAGUGCUGAAAACAAUGGGACUAUAAGAGAGAUAGAGGGUCUUUUGAGUGAAAUUUUCGAGAUUGAUAGUGCGAAUGGUAAUGGAAAUGGAACUCUCAUUGAAGAAUCUCGAAAAAAGAAAAAUGACAACAAGGAAGAUAAGGGAUUCAUGGAGAAAAUGCUACCAAUGAUGGUAAUGCCUUUCAUGGUAUCAACAACGAUGAUCCCGAUGAUGAUGAUCUCUAUGUUCGUCAUGCUUGUGAAAAGCGCCUUCAUGGGCAAGAUCGGCUUGAUUCUGAUGUUGGUCAACAUGUUCCGAAACAGAUCAAAUCAAGGAGGGGUCAUUUCUUACAACCCCUAUUCUAGAAAUGAUGAUACCAAGGAGGCCAUGAGCUACUAUGGCUAUCACGGAGAUGAGGAAUAUGGAGCUUACGUUAAUAAGAGAAGAAAACGAACACCAAAAUAUUAGCUAGUCCUGUACCUGUUGAAGAUAGUUGAUAAUAUUUAUUUUAGACUAGAACCUUCACAAAAAUUGAUGUGAUUUUGUAAUAUUCGUGCAAGAAAAAUAAACAUGUGUAU